AUGGAUGUCGGGCAGCAACUAGUGCGAAGUUUAAACCAGUGGGUCAAAGAUAGUCGUGGACUUCUAAUUGCAAAUGUUUUUAAUGAGUACAUUUCUUCUGUUGGAAAAUCUGUCAAUGACCAUUUUAAGAAUAUUCAGUAUAGAUAUAAGGGCAAUCCAAUCAAACGAAGCAUAAACUUGGCCCCAACCAAAGCAAGGAAAUCAAAAACUUAUCUAAAGAUAGCACAAAUAACCCUGAUUUACAAGAUAGGUGAUAAAUCUAAAAUUGAAAACUACCGCCCCAUCUCAAUCAUACCUGCAUUUUCUAAGGUAGUUGAGAAACUUAUUUAUACCAGACUAAUGACAUUCCUGAGUCAAUACAAUUUAAUAUUUGGAAAUCAGAGUAGUUUUAUGAAAAACAAGUCAACUUCAGUAGCCACACCACAAUUAAUAGACAAAAUAAUUACUGCCAUAGAGAACAAGGAGUAUGUAACUGGAGUGUUCCUUGAUCUAGAAAAGGCUUCUGAUUGUGUCAACAUCACCAUAAAACUUGACAAUCUGUGGAACCUGAGUAUUAGAGAGACUGGCCAUGAGUUAAUAAAAUCAUAUAUGAGCAAUAGAAAACAAUUUGUCUUGCUUAAAACAAACAGUGGGUCUUUCAAAUCUAAAAUUACUAAUAUCAAAUAUGGAGGCCCUCAAGAUAUACAGUAUCGUUCUGAUAAUUGUACAAAAAUAUUGUAUGCAGAUGAUACAUCAAUUGUGUAUAAACACGAAGACUAUGACAGUCUGGAGGUGCUGUUCAACAGUAGAGCAUAUAGAGACAGUACAGUUAAGAGUUGGCUGUGUUAUACUUCAUUAAGUGAAAUGUGUAGUCACCAGAUAAAUUUUAUUAUUAUUAUCAUUAUUGUUAUUGAUAUUGCAGAAAAGCUUUUAGAUAUUAUGGCCAAUUAUGAUGGUUCUGUGUAUGACCGACCCAUGUCCAAUGAGAAAUAA